UAAUAAAUUUUUGGGUUAUUUAUUGUUGAAGUUAUCAGUGUGAUUAUCAAAACGUCUUGCGAUUUAUAAAUUUUACAAUUAAUUGUAGAAUAUUGGUCGAACUAAUUUAAAGAAUUAAAAUGAGAAAAAAAACUGGAAAAAACUCCAAAGUUUUCAUUUUCGAAGCUAAACCUGCAUUGUUUACCGCUGUGUUAAUGUUAAUUAUUAUUCAAUCAUCGGCUGUAAAUUAUAAGGAUGUUUCUGAUAACGAAUUUGCGGAAUUCGAAGAUUUCGAUGUUGAGGAGGAAGUAAUCUAUCCAGAAGCUGAUAAUGUAGUAUCCAAAGAAUCUAGUCAAAAGAGUUCUGAUGCUUUUGAAGCAGAUGAUCAAGAUGAUAUUGUCGUGGAGGAUGAUUCUGAUUUUGAACACUUUCAAGAUACAGAAGAAUUUGAAGGUUUUGGUGAUGGCAAAGAAGAAAAACCAGGCGCUGAACCGAAAAUUAUUAUUACAAAAGUACCCAUGCAUUUCAGAGCAAAUUGGGACAGUUAUUGGUUAGAAAUCCUAAUGAUAGUAGGUUUAAUUGUGUAUUUUUUAAAUUUUGCAACUGGGAAAAGCAAAAAUACAAAACUGGCAAAUGUUUGGCUACAAACCCAUAAAUCAUUAUUAGAAGAAAACUUUUCAUUGGUUGGAGAUGAUACCAACCUAGAAACUAGAGAAAAUGGGGGCUUAACGAAAGAAAGUGAAAAUGUCUUUACUUUGUGGUGUAGUGGUAGAGUUUGUUGUGAAGGAAUGUUGGUUGAAUUAAAGUUCCUAAAGAGGCAAGAUUUGGUUGCUGUCUUAGCAAACCUAAUGAGACCAUUAAUGGAUCAGAUAUAUGUACGAGUAAUUAUGAAUAAAGAAGACAUGGACAGCUUUAUAUUCUGUGUUGCUUCAAAGAAGGCAGCUCUCCACUUAUCCAAGGAGAUGGCAGAUCUGAGUGAUUAUUGUCCAGAACGCAGACCUGGUGAAAAAUACAAUCUACCCUCUUCUUUUCAAGUCAUGAGUGAAAUUCAUGAAGCAACAUUGGCUAUGCUUGAUUCCAAAGUCACAGCUGUUCUUAACAAGUAUGCUGAUAUGAUUGAGUACAUUCAUUUCUCUGAUCAGUACACUGGAGUUAAACAAGGUGAUGAUAGUCAAAAUUUAAAAUUACCAGAAACACAGAAGGUUUUACUGUUUGGAUUUAAUUUACCAGUAAAAGGAGUUUCUGUAAAUGAAGCUGUUGAACGCAUGAAGCCUCUAAUGACAAUGGUGUUUUAUUGUAUUGAUAAAGUUAAAAGAUACAGAUUAUCAAAAGAGGGAAAAUCCAAAGCAGACAAAAACAGACAACGUGUAGAAGAAUUGUUUUUAAAAUCAACUCAUGUAGCACGUGCAGAAGCUGCUGCAGCCCGUAGAGAAGAACGAAGAAGAUUAGAAAAAGAACGUGUUUUGGCUGAAUCAGAUCCAGAAAAACAAAGACGUUGGGAAGAAAAGGAACAGAAGAGACAGGCUAAGAAACGCGCCCCUAAGAUGAAACAGUUAAAGGUGAAAGCUUUAUAGUUAUAAACUUUCAUCAAGAGCAGCAAAUAAAGACCUCAUAUUGCAAUUAAAUUACAUAUCCGACUUGUUUUACGUAACAUGUAGCUAAACAGUAAACAUGUACAUGGCAACAUACAACUAGAAAAUACAUUUAGACUUUCAACUUUAAAA